AUGACGGCCAGCGAUGGUCUUGCAGAAGGCCUCUCGCACAUUACCACCGAGCUCCUCCGCAACGAGCUGCAACGCCGACAGGAGCAAGCCGAGAAGCCAGCGUGCGGAUCGAAAGGCGGCAAGAAGCACUACAACACAGGCAUCCAUGUCUUUGCAUUGGUUCUCAUCCUUGCCCUGAGCACAGCAGCUUGCUCCUUCCCCAUCAUCGUCAAACGAUUCCCUGGCAUCCCGGUGCCCUCACGAUUCCUGUUCCUGUCGAGACACUUCGGCACCGGCGUGCUCAUAGCGACCGCCUUCGUCCACCUCCUCCCUACCGCCUUCGUGUCGCUCACCGAUCGAUGUCUCCCGCACUUCUGGAACCGCGGCUAUCCGGCCAUGCCGGGCCUCAUAGCCAUGACGUCGGUCUUCGUGGUCGUCAGCGUUGAGAUGUUCUUUGCAUCGAAAGGUGCAGGUCACUCGCAUGCAAUCGACUACGAUACUCUGGGUCACGAUGACCACCACGCCCACACCCGGCCGACCCACAAGAGAAGCCACAGCUUCGGGAGAUAUAGCGCUGGCACUGGUCGAAAUAUACCGGGCAUCGUUCUGCAUGAUGUAGAGGCUUCGGAACAGUCAGGUCUUAUGACAGGACGGUCGCCAGCGCUCUCGCUUGUGUCGCCCACUACGCCGAGCGCACCAAACGGUCGUGCUGCCAGGCAAAGCAUCGACAGCAUUGACGAUUCAGAUCUUGACAUAAGCCCUGAAGAGCUUGCCAGACAAGACGAGGAAGAAGACUUGGAAGACGAAUCCCAGCUGCUGUCACAUCCGCAUCCAGCCCACGAUUCACGCGACCCUUCGCCAGAAACGCCUGAGAAGACAGAGGCACAGAACCAGAAGCUAUUGCUACAGUGCUUGCUUCUCGAAGCGGGCAUUCUGUUUCACAGCGUGUUCAUUGGCAUGGCUUUGUCCGUCGCAACAGGAACCUCGUUCAUCGUGCUGCUAGUAGCCAUCUCGUUCCACCAGACAUUCGAAGGCUUUGCAUUGGGAUCGCGCAUCAGCGCCAUCCGCUUCCCUGCUGGGUCUCCCAAGCCAUGGCUCAUGGCACUUGCCUACGGGACUACGACGCCUAUAGGUCAAGCGAUCGGUCUUGCAAUUCACACCCUUUACGAUCCAUUCAGCCAGACUGGCCUGCUGAUGGUUGGCUUUAUGAACGCCAUCUCGAGUGGUCUUCUGCUGUUUGCAGGUCUGGUAGAGCUUCUUGCGGAGGACUUUCUGAGCGACGAAAGCUACAUCACUUUGCAGGGCAAGCGACGACUGCAGGCAUGUGCUAGUGUCGUCGCUGGGGCACUGCUCAUGGCAUUGGUCGGCGCUUGGGCAUAG